UGGAGGUCGGGGCGGGGGGAGAAAAGGGAGAGGAGAUUAGAUUCCUUGUUCCGGGAACGGAGGCAUGUGUGAUCUCAGCCUCCUGGAAUCCGCGAGUCGCCUGCGAUCCCGGGAUAGGACGAGGGAGGCGGCGCGCGGGGGGGGGGGAGGAAACCCGAGUCCUAUAAGAAGCGCGCCGCGACGAAGGUGCAACAAGUGGAGGUAAUCCGAGGCUCCAAAGGCACUGCUGCAAGAAUGGAGGUGCUUUCAGUGGACUUGCCAAGCCACCUUUCGUCAUCGCCACCAUCUCACUCCCAGCAAGAAAUCGCACUCGGGAUCAAAAAUGCAUACAACCUGGCCAUCAACAUGCAGGAUGGCGCAAAACAGCUGCUAGCAGACUAUGUGAGUCCUCAGAACCUGAGAGAAAUGAACAUAUUCUUGGAGGCCAGGAAGAUGUCUAUUCAGGACGAACCCUUCACAAAUGCCGGUUUCAACCCUCCCGUCGAGCCCUUCCCAGGCCUGCCGUCGCCAUCCCUUCCCCCCAGCGCCUGGCUGGACCUUAGCGACGCCGAACGCCUGCAGCAGAACGUCACGGCCUUCUCCAAUUUGCCAGUGUUCCUGUCUGCCGUCAAAAGCCAACAGGAGGUGAUGAACUCCAAUGCCAGUGACCUGCACCACCAGCUCACGUUGUCGCGCCUGCAGUGCCUUGGUCUGUCGAAUCACCUUGCAUCCAUCAUGGCCUCCAUGGGCCUUGUACCUGCUCCAGCGACGCCGGCUGAGCCGCCAGGACUUGGCAGCUCCUUUUUCAUGAAAUUUUCCGGCUACCGCGUUUGCCAUCUCUACCGGGAUUGGGUCCUCCGUUGCGUAAAGGAUCUGUCCCUCCUGGCUGACAGAUACCCUGUCCCCUCGCUCUGAGGGGAAAUUGUGUGGUGUCGUAUGUACCAUCCCGGUUGGCUUCUGUUUUUGUGUUGGUGAGGGGAAGUUAGGAGAGUAGUAAACUUUUUCUCUCUGCCCACGGGAAGGCUGAAGGAAUGAAACGCCCUUCCCUUGUGAGGAAUGCUUUUCUCAUGUAGCUGCCCCAGCAAAGCAACGCUGAACUGCCUCCAUCUUGCCUAUCUCCUUCAUAUUCUCAUUCUUGUCCUUCUUGUCUUAAAAAAAAUAAAAUCCAGAAUAUGAAAGGAGAAAAUCUUUGCAGAGGAGCAGCAUUGGCUCUCCCGCCUUUUGGCAGGGCCUGAAUGCCUUUGUUCACUGUGAGACAAGAGAGAUGGCGCUUCCACCCCACAGCAGCCAUUUUGUGAGAGCUACUUUGGCCUCUCAAUUUGGAAGAGGUUCUCGAGGGGAGCAGGGUAUCUGGUUCCAAAUUUUUCGCCUCCCUGUAACACUGAACACUAAGAAACAUGAUGCUCAAAGGCAGUGGAAAGCCAAUAUAGCCUAUGUGCCUUUUCUUAUCCUCUGUGUGGCGCAUUUAGGAAUUCAACAGGUAAAGAAAGCCUGUAGGCCCUGCAGAUGGCUAACGAGAGAAGUAUGAACCUACCACAGUUAUUCCUGUCACAGGUGUUAAAGGUGCAGAGCGGAGGUGGGGAAAGGUGAUUAAGAUGGAGUCCUUAUGAGCAAGGCUUUUUGUGGCAUUAUUCCCUUUCAAUCUGAACACCUUUCUACUGGACAGUGAGACACAUUGAAAGAGGCUGUGUGUAGUUCAAAUCCCUUACUCGGGCCCUAACCUACCUUACAGGGUUAUUGUGAGGAUGAAAUGAGGAGGGGCAGAGCCCUAUAGGCCACCUUGAGCUCCCUGGAGGCUAUAAAUGUAAUAAUGAUUAUUUUUUUCCCCAUUGGUUCCUCAGUGCCGAGUUAGUUCUCUCAAAGAAUUAUCUUGAGGGAGAAACCAUUACCUAUUUCAUGGUAUCUUGUUAACCCUUAAUAGCCCUUCUGACCCCACCCUUUUCUCCAGUUCUGGGGAGGAAGAGGCCUCUUUCUGUGCAAACUCUGGUUUUGAGAAAGCUGUUCUCUUCAGGGCUUUUGACCCUUUAGUUUCUACUGUAUGUGUUAUUUUUAUAUUAAUUAUAUAUGUGGAUAUAUUUAUAUAGCUGCAGCCUAAUUAUGUGAAUAUUGUUAAAUUAAACUAUUUUUAGUAGGAA